UUGACCAAAACUUGAGGAAGUGAAAUAUCUUAAUGAUCUGGUUUGGAGGUACUAGACGUCUUCUUAGAGCCUUCAGCACAUUUGAGUCUGACAGGAAAGAUUAGAACAGUUUUCGAGCUGGUGUUUGACAAAACUAAAUUUAUUGCCAAAUUUAUCCUCACUGAUUGUCCCACAGCAGGAAAAUGGCUGAAACUGAAGUUCUUUAUAAUAUUAAGUCCACAAGAGCGAGGGGAAACACAGAUGUGGCCACACCCUCUACGGAUGAACAUAGUUAUUCCAACGUCAAUUGCUCAGAAACUCAGCGACCUGGCUCCAAACAACCUGCAGCAUCAAGCAGGCGAUCGGGGGUCACAUCGGAGCAAGUGGCCCUGCUGGUCAUCAGUGUUCUCCUGGCAGCUACUGUCACAGCUCUUGGUGUAACCCUUCAUGAAAAUACUCAAACCAAGAAGCUUCAAGAGGAAUGUGAGGCAAAACAUCUCCCAGAUGAAACAUGUCCGAGGUGCGAGGUCGGCUUGGAGCCACAUGGAGGAAAGUGCUACUUCUUCUCCUCGGUUAAUUUAACCUGGAAUCAGAGUAGAACAAAAUGCACAUCAAUGAGGGGAGACCUGGUUGUGAUAAACAACAGAGAGGAGCAGAGAUUCCUGCAGUCUAGACUGAUGAUAAAAAUGGACAAUCCUGAGGACAAGUUCUGGAUCGGACUGACAGACUCGAAGAACGAGGGUAAAUGGCUUUGGGUGGACGAUACACGACUGGAUCCAAGUUUGAAGUUUUGGCGUCACUACGAGCCAGACAACGGGAAAGGGCCGAAUCCUUAUGGACAGAACUAUCCUGAUGGAGAGGACUGUGUGAGGAUGGGUGAGGAAUACCUGCAGUCCUGGAGCGAUACAUCAUGUGAAUCACCUCAUAAAAGUAUUUGUGAGAAACCAGAAGAAGCAUGUGGCUGAAAUCCAGUUGGAUCAGAUUGAGCUUGAGUCCUCAGCCACUGUCACCAACUGAGGCAUGAAGCUUUAUUAAUGAAGAUCUUCUCCAGACAUAAACAACUUCAAAUAAUAUCUAGAGUCUCAUAUGUUCUUCACUUUCCUUGCUAUUUUAAAUUGACGUCUACUCCUCCCUCGUAUAAGCUCUAUAAAUAUUAAAAAAUUAUAUAUAAUAUCUCCUUCUUUCCUGUUGAGUCUAUUCUGACUGUUUGUGUGAGAAACUAGAGAUUGAGAACAUCUCAACCUCCUCGGGAAAAAGGUUUAUGACUUUUAUUAAUGUGGUGAGUCAAUAAAAGUUGUUUUGAGUCA